AUGAACGGUUGUGCAUGGAUGUGGAACCCUAACAAAGCUGAAGAAUUAAUGGAGGAUGAUGAUGAAUCUUGGGAAGUCAAAGCCUUCGAGCAAGACACUAAAGGCAAUAUCUCUGGUACCACUUGGCCUCCAAGAUCUUACACUUGCAAUUUCUGCCGCCGUGAGUUCCGUUCUGCUCAAGCCUUAGGCGGUCACAUGAAUGUCCACCGCCGCGACCGGGCCUCAUCUAGGGCUCAUCAAGGUCCCACCGCUGCCGCUAGAGGCGGCGGCAGAGGGGGUGGCACGACGUUACUCAAUUCUUGUGUUCCGCCGACGACGCUUAUAAUCCAAUCCACGGCGAGCAACAUUGAAGGUUUGUCCCAUUUCUACCAAUUGCAAAACCCUAAUGGCAUGUUUGGUAAUUCCAGUGAUAUGGUGAAUAUCUAUGGUCCGACGUCGUUUCCUUCCAGCAACCUUGCGUUUUCGGUGAUGAGUUCUCCGGUAGAGGUUCCUCCUCGGCUUAUAGAAUAUUCAACAGGAGAUGAAGAGAGCAUUGGCUCGGUGAAAGAGACGACAGGAGCGUCAGUGGAUGAGCCUGAUCUUGAACUUCGACUAGGGCACAAUCCACCGUGA